AUGGAAGACCGUUAUUCAAAAAACGAAAGACAUAGGACCAACACCACCAAUCGUCAGUAUUACAACUUUGAUAUUUUCAACACUGUUGUUGACAUGUUUGGGGAUCGAUUUAGCGAGGUAAGCACUGAAUUGCUUAAAAAUAUAGCAGCUUUGAGUCCACGUGAUUCAUUUUCGCAGUUCAAUGUAUCAGAUUUAUUGAAGUUGAGUGAGUUGUAUGCUCAAGAUUUUAGUCAUAUGGAAAGGAUCGCUCUUGAGAAACAACUUAAAAUGUACUAUUUGAUUGUGCGUCAAGAUGAAAGAUUUGCCGAUUUGAGUGGUAUUGCCGAGCUCGCUAGAUUGCUAGUGGAAACAAAAAAACAUGCAACUUAUCCUCUAGUAUAUCGGUUAUUGAAGUUAGCUUUGGUUUUGCUAGUUGCUACCGCAACAGUCGAAAGAUGUUUUUCUGCUAUGAAGAUUGUGAAGUUAGAUUUACGCAGCAAAAUUGGUGAUGAAUUUUUGAAUGUUACAAUGAUAUGUACUAUAGGGCACAAUUGUAAGAGGUAA